CCUCCCACCCCCGAACCCCGACUCUCCGGGUGACCCGGACCGGAGCUGCUGCCCGGAGGGGACCCCACAUCGGUCGCCAUGGCCUGGACCAAGUACCAGCUGUUCCUGGCCGGGCUCAUGCUCGUCACCGGUUCCAUCAAUACGCUGUCGGCCAAGUGGGCGGACAAUUUCACAGCCAAGGGCUGCGGAGGGAGCCAGGAGCACAGCUUCCAGCAUCCCUUCCUACAGGCGGUGGGCAUGUUCCUCGGGGAGUUCUCCUGCCUAGCUGCCUUCUACCUGCUGCAGUGCAGAGCCGCAGGGCAGUCAGACUCCAGAGCUGACGCACAGCAGUCCUUCAACCCCCUUCUGUUCCUGCCCCCGGCCCUCUGUGACAUGACGGGGACCAGUCUCAUGUACGUGGCACUGAACAUGACGAGUGCCUCCAGCUUCCAGAUGCUGCGGGGUGCGGUGAUCAUAUUCACAGGCCUGUUCUCCGUGGCUUUCCUGGGCCGCAGGCUGAUGCCGAGCCAGUGGCUGGGCAUCCUGGCCACCAUCGCCGGGCUGGUGGUCGUGGGCCUGGCCGACCUAAUGAGCAGACAUGACAGUCAGCACAAGCUCAGCGAAGUGAUCACAGGAGACCUGCUGAUAAUCAUGGCCCAGAUCAUCGUCGCCAUCCAGAUGGUAUUGGAGGAGAAGUUUGUCUACAAGCACAAUGUGCACCCACUGCGGGCCGUUGGCACUGAGGGCUUCUUCGGCUUCCUGAUCCUGUCCCUGCUGCUGGUGCCCAUGUACUACAUCCCCGCUGGCUCCUUCAGCGGCAACCCACGCGGGAUGCUGGAGGACGCCCUGGACGCCUUCUGCCAGGUGGGCCAGCAGCCGCUCAUCGCCGUGGCACUACUGGGCAACAUCAGCAGCAUCGCCUUCUUCAACUUCGCGGGCAUCAGUGUCACCAAGGAGCUGAGCGCCACCACCCGCAUGGUGCUUGACAGCUUGCGCACCGUAGUCAUAUGGGCACUGAGCCUGGCGCUCGGCUGGGAGGCCUUCCACCCGCUGCAGAUCCUUGGCUUCCUCAUCCUCCUAAUGGGCACUGCGCUGUACAAUGGGCUUCACCGCCCGCUGCUGGCCUGCCUGGCCAGGGGCCGGCGCCCCACCGAGGAGGGUGAGCACGAGAGACUGCUUGGGGGCAGCCGGACUCCCAUUAAUGAUGCAAGCUGAGCCCAUGCUGGCAUCUGCUGCCACCUGUGCCCCUAGAUUACCCUGAGGCUGAGGCCAAGCAAGCUAGUGCCUGCCCCCGAGGCCUUGCCCUGCCCCUACCUGCUGACUAACCCCAGAGCAGCAGCCACCACAAGAUAACACAACUCCUAAACUCCCAGUCCUUUUCCCCUGCCGCCUGCAGGGUGAUGGGACCCUCUCCCUGCAAGCCUGAGUGUGGCAACCACCUCCUGCAUCCCUAAGGCUAAGCGAGAAGGACUGGGGAAUCUUCAAUUAGACUGUCAUAACAGAUGGUCCAGUUUAUGGUUCAUGGUGAGAUUGGAUUGUCCAAAGCAACAAGGCCAGUGAGGCAGCCAGAGCUGAGCACGGCAUUUGCUAAAACUCCUGAGAGACCCUCCCUGACCUUGUCCCUAUCCCUGUGGUUCCUCCCAGCCUCUGCCACAUGGCCCCGAGCAACUCCCCAGCACAGUACUGGUAGAUCUGGAAAGCAGCUGUCUGUUGUGCAGCCCAGCCUUCCUGAGGGCCUCAGAUCUGUGCAACCUGUGUCUGGGAAAUGCCCCCGGGCCCGCCCUCUUCCAUGCUUGUUCUGCCAUCCUUGCUCACAUACUCAAGGCCUCCCUGCCUGGAGACCAGGGUUACCAGGAACAUGGCAGGCAGCCCUUCUUAAUUAUCCAUUCCCCCCUUUUCCAGUCCAUCUUAAAGAAGCACAAACAAAAGCCAAGAGUUCUAAAUUGUUUGCCUCCUAAGGGAGCCCAAGACCAUACAGCUGUGUGGUGCUAAGACAGACUAGGAUGUAGAAUGUGUGGCUGGAUCCCAGCAACGUGGCUGCUAUGCAAGCCCCCAGGUGCUG